AUGCCAGACUGCAGAAAGGAGUCCAUGCAUGUUGUUGCUCAAAAUCCACUGCCAAAUCAACAACCAAUCAAAACAAAACAACGUCAAAACCGGGAUUUUAGAGUCAGCGUAACAAAUAAGCUGCUCUGGACCAAUAACCACCAGUGCACGAUAUCGGUGAGACUGUUGAAUCGUCUAGACCUAACAACUAAUCUGAAUAUGGACGAGGAGCUCAGCACUGACCUGAUACAUGCAAACAAAAUGCCUGGUCCUGAAGCGAGAAGACCAUCAGACGCACGCAGAUCACUCAGCGCAACAGCAGGAGCACCCAGAAGACUGUGGUCCCGGUUCGUUCAUUUGAUCAGAGACAGAGUUCCAGUAUUCAGCCGGGAGCCUUACACCAAGAUGCACACUGCCGUCCAAAAUCAGGAAGAGGAUGACAAUAUCGAAAGAGGGCGACAAGAGGCAACGGUGCCGCUGUAUGAGAUGUGUUCAGAUGACAAAAUCAGACCAGAAGCUUUUAUCAUCGCACCACCCGCACUAGAGAAUGAGACGGAUUCAGACUCGGAAAAAUAUGAAGAUGCUCUGGUGGACGUAUGA